AUGAUUUCAAGAGUGUGUACAAGAGCGUGUGCGAGACCCGUCGCAUGGCAGUUGACCAGGACGGCUGGGCUCUCGACGUUGCGGGCGGGCCCGCUCAGACAGGGAGCUGCAGCUCCUGGGAGUGGUACCCAAGGUGCGCAGGGCCCCCCACGGAAGAGUAGUAUGGCCGCUGCUUUGGUGCUCGGGGCCGUCGCUGGUGGGUUUGUGUACUGCUACGUCAACCAUGUCAGACCGGCGAGGGCCGCUGGUGAGUUGAAACCGUUUGCACAACAUAUAACGACGAGGGACACGCCCUUCGCUACAGAUUACACGCUUCUGGGUACGGGCGUGCGGUCUGUGACCAUCCCCUCGUUCAAAGUGUACGCCGUGGGGAUGUACUUGGCCGAUGGUGACGACAAACUCGUCACAAAAGUGUUCAACUCUCCCUACUUGAGCGAGUCCGUCAUUGACAAAGACCCGAAGCAAUCGCAUGUGGCAAACUUGAAGUUGGCGCUCGACGACCCACAGAGGAGCCGCGAAUUGGUCGGUGAGUUCAUUGACAGUGGGCCCAGACUGCUCUGCCAGAUGACACCAAUUAUAAACACGAACCUCACCUUUGUUAGAGAAGGUGGGUUUAUUAAGUCCUUGAAACAGUCCGCUGAGUAUAACUCGCCCGAUAACAAGGAACGUGUGGAGGCUGGGAUAGAGCAAGUGCGCAAGGCGUUCGACGCGAAGGGCUCUCUAUUGAGGAACGACGAUUUCGUCAUGGAAUUGAAGAGCAACGGAGACCUCCAGUUUUACCACUUUAAUGCGAAGAAGAAACAGUACACGGUGAUGGGGGUCGUUAAGGAACCAAUCGUGGGGAAGAUCCUCUUUAGAGCAUACCUCAGCGGACCACGCGCCCUGUGCGAGGAGGCAAGAGAGGCCACGGCAGAGAAAUUCGCAUCCAUGGUUUGA